AUGGCGGAAACCAAAAUUAUUUAUCACAUUGACGAAGAGGAGACCCCAUACUUAGUGAAAAUACCCAUAGCGGCGGAAAAAAUAACCUUGCUUGAUUUUAAACAAGUUUUGAACAAGCCCAACUACAAAUUCUUCUUCAAGUCUAUGGACCAGGACUUCGGGGUGGUGAAGGAGGAAAUCUCAGAUGACAGUGCCAAACUGCCCUGUUUUAACGGACGAGUGGUGUCCUGGCUGGUCUCCUCUGAUGGUCCUGCUGCUGUUGAGCCUCCAGCUCCUCCUGUGGAAGUACGACCACAGCCCUCACCUCCUCCGCCUCCCCUUCCUCCUCCACCUGCCGAGAGAACAGGAGGCAUUGGAGACUCCAGACCUCCCUCCUUUCAUCCGAACGCUACGGGCAGUGUGGAGACUCUGGAUGAUCAGACUGAGACAGAGUCAGUGGUGUCCUUCAGGAGAGAGAGACCCAGACACAGAGACAACGUGGACCAGCACGGCUCACGGCUGAAUGGCCAAUCUCGUCUGGAGCGACAUUUGGCAGGUUAUGAGAGUGCCACCACGGUCAUGAGCAGUGAACUGGAGACAACAAGUUUCUGUGACUCUGACGACGAUGACACUAUGAGCAGGUUCAGUAGCUCUACAGAACAGAGCACAGCCUCCAGACUGCUCAAACGGCACCGCAGACGCAGGAAACAGCGCCCCCCACGCCUAGAGAGGGCUUCCUCUUUCAGCAGUGUGACAGACUCAACAAUGUCCCUUAACAUCAUUACUGUGACACUAAAUAUGGAGAAGUAUAAUUUCCUGGGUAUCAGCAUUGUGGGUCAGAGUAACGAGAGAGGAGAUGGAGGCAUCUACAUUGGCUCCAUCAUGAAAGGAGGUGCCGUGGCCGCAGAUGGACGCAUUGAACCUGGGGACAUGCUUCUACAGGUGAAUGACAUAAACUUUGAAAACAUGAGUAAUGACGAUGCGGUCAGGGUUCUGAGAGACAUUGUUCAUAAACCAGGGCCAAUCACCCUGACUGUGGCUAAGUGCUGGGAUCCAUCUCCCCAGGGCUACUUCACUCUCCCACGCAAUGAGCCGAUCCGACCCAUAGACCCGGCAGCGUGGGUCAGUCAUUCUGUGGCUAUGACGGGGGGGUACCCACCCUACCCCGCUAGCACCAUCACAUCCAGCUCCUCUGUCACCGAGACUGAACGUUUUGAUGACUUUAACUUGUCUCUACACUCUGACAUGGCAUCAGUGGCAAAGGCCAUGGCCUCUCCCGAGUCUGGUCUGGAGGUCAGAGACAGGAUGUGGCUCAAGAUCACCAUCCCCAACGCCUUUUUGGGCUCAGACGUGGUUGAAUGGCUGUAUCACCACAUCGAGGGGUUUCAGGAUCGGCGUGAGGCGCGUAAAUAUGCCAGUAACCUGCUGAAGGCUGGUUUCAUCAGACACACCGUCAAUAAAAUCACCUUCUCAGAGCAGUGCUACUACGUCUUCGGAGACUUCAGCAACUGUGAAAACUACAUGGCCAACCUUUCUCUGAACGAUAACGAUGGCUCCAGCGGUGCCUCAGACCAGGACACGUUGGCCCCACUGCCGUUGCCAGGGGCAACGCCCUGGCCCAUGCUCCACUCCUUCCCUUACCAGUACCCCCACCCUUACUCCACUCAGCCUCCACCUUACCACGAGCUUAGCAGCUACAGCUACGCCCCAGGCAGCACGGGCAGCCAGCAUAGCGAGGGGAGCAGGAGCAGUGGUUCUACGAGGAGCGAGGGAGAGAGGAGGAGGAGUAAGAGCACGACAGGGAGCACGGCUGGCGGCCAGGACGACAAAUCCCCCGGCGGCGGGGGCGGGGCCGACUCCCGCUCGGGCAGCGGCAGCGAAUCGGAAUACUCGGUGCGCAGCAGCCUGAGGCGGGACCACGGCUCGGCCACGCCCAGCGAGCACAGCCACGGCAGCCAGCGCUCACAUCACAGGGCCCUCCCCCCUCACCUGUCCCCGUACCCCCCCGGCAUCCCCAUCCCUUACAACCCCAUGGUCGUCAUGAUGGUCCCACAGCAUCCGCACCCCCACCACCCUGCACUAGGAGCCCCCCACCCUCAGGGACCUAGUGCACCCCCACACCCAGCCCUACCUCCCCCCAGUAACCCUGGAGGUCCACCUGGAGCCCCCCCAACUCGUGACCUGGGGUCAGUCCCGCCAGAGCUGACUGCCUCCAGGCAGUCGUUCCACUUGGCCAUGGGUAACCCCAGUGAGUUCUUUGUGGACGUGAUGUAA